AUGGGCUUCUCUCUAUCACGCUGGCGUCCUCAGCCAGAGACUAAACCAGCUGUUAUUGAUGCCGAUCAGAAUUAUACGUCUGAUAGCUCUGAUCCUGCGCUUCUUCGCGAUGGAAACCUUGCUUUUACGCGUGUCCAAGGAGGGAAUGACGCGAAGGCUUCUUAUCAGGAGGCUAUCGGUGCGCCUGUCGAGACAAACUCACCGCUGGGCUAUCAUGUUGGAUGGUUGACCAUCAUUUUCUUGAAUGUCAACCAGAUGAUUGGCACUGGUAUCUUUUCGACGCCUGGAAGCAUCCUCAACGCCACCGGAUCUGUAGGACUCGCUUUGAUCUACUGGUUCAUCGGCUUCAUCAUGGCCAUUGCCGGAUUCUGCGUGUAUCUCGAGUUUGCCAGUUAUUUCCCAAGUCGAUCCGGAGCCGAAGUUGUAUACCUCGAACAAGCAUACCCCCGACCGAAGCACUUCUUUCCGAUUGCUUAUGCAGUGCAAUCAGUUGUCUUGUCGUUCAGCAGCAGCAAUGCCAUUGUGCUAUCUCGAUAUCUCUGGAGAAUUGCAGGAAAGACACCUAGUGAUUGGGAGAUGAAGGGCGUAGCUAUCGCUGCGUACACGCUUGCUGUAAUUUGUGUGAUCGCUCACAACAAAUACUCCCUUUGGGCGGUCAACAUCCUGGGCUUCUUGAAGAUCAUUACCCUCAUCUUCAUAUCAAUCACUGGCUUUGUCGUUCUCGGCGGCAAUAUUUCUCGAAUCCCAGACCCUAACGCCAACUUUCGCAACGCAUUCGAGGGCACAACCAACAACGGCAACGACCUCUCAACCGCCCUGGUCAACAUUGUAUUCUCAUACACUGGCUAUGCCAACGCCUUCAAUGUCGUUAAUGAAGUUAAGAGGCCGAUCCCUACUAUCAAGAAGUACGGUUUCAUCUCUGUCCUUCUCGUUGCUGUUCUGUACAUGCUGUGCAACGUCGCAUAUUUCUCUGCUGUCUCUAAGGAAGAGUUUGCAGAGUCGAAUGAGAUCGCUGCAUCAGUCUUCUUCACCAGUGUCUUCGGUACUAGUGGUGCUGUUACAGCGUUGAAUGUUCUUGUGCUGCUGAGUGCGUACGGAAACCUCCUUGCUACACUAAUUGGCGCUUCACGAUUGAUUCGUGAGAUCGGACGCCAAGGAGUCUUGCCCUUCACUACUUUCUGGGUAUCAACGAAGCCCUUCGGAACACCCAUUGGACCCUAUCUACUGAAGUGGGCCAUGACGUUCAUCAUGAUCGUAGCUCCUCCUGCUGGUGACGCAUUCCAAUUCGGUGAGUUUUUCACAUCACAAGAUUCUGUUGUUCGCCUUGCUGACUGUAAGCCAGUCGUGAGUCUCAAGACAUAUCCCGAAGGUCUGUUCUUUUUGGCCAUGAGUAUCGGCCUCUACAUCGUUCGACGUCACAACAAGCGCGUAGGAAGAGGGCCUCCAGAGUUCAAGGCCUGGGAUGUCGCAGCCAUAUUUUUCAUUCUCAUUCAGAUCUUCAUCAUCGUCAUGCCAUGGUAUCCUCCCAAGGGCGGCCCAUACGCCGGCGACGUCAGUUUCUGGUACGCAACUUACUGCGUAGUCGGCAUCGCAAUCAUGAUUCUUUGUGGUGUAUACUACAUCUUCUGGAUCUACAUCAUUCCCAAAUGGAAGAGCUAUGCAAUUCGGCCGGAAGUUCUCGAAGUUGACAAAAAUGGCGCCAACACGCACCGCUUAGUCCGAGUGCCUCUGGUCGAGAUUGAGAAAUGGGACGCAGAGCAUGACGAGGCUGGAAAUCUGAGGCAGCGUCACGUUGGUGGUGGAUCAGUGCAGACAGGCGAGGUGCUUGAUCAGAAAGAGAUUUGA